CCUUCUCAAUAAACUCAAAAGACCUUAAAACCAAAAGAAAGCAUAAAAUCAAAAUCAGUAAUAAAGCAGGAGGCUCUCUCAGGUCAAGGUGAUGGCGUCGAAACGGAUCCUGAAGGAGCUGAAGGACCUCCAGAAAGAUCCUCCUACUUCGUGCAGCGCUGGCCCAGUUGCAGAAGACAUGUUCCACUGGCAGGCAACAAUAAUGGGUCCUGCUGACAGUCCUUAUGCAGGUGGAGUGUUUCUUGUCACUAUCCAUUUUCCUCCAGACUAUCCUUUUAAGCCACCAAAGGUUGCAUUCAGGACAAAGGUGUUUCACCCUAAUAUCAACAGCAACGGUAGCAUUUGCCUUGACAUAUUGAAAGAACAGUGGAGCCCUGCCCUGACCAUAUCCAAGGUGUUGCUCUCGAUCUGUUCACUGUUGACAGACCCAAACCCUGAUGACCCUUUGGUCCCGGAGAUCGCCCAUAUGUACAAGACUGACAAGAACAAGUAUGAGACCACCGCAAGGAGCUGGACUCAGAAGUAUGCUAUGGGUUAGUCUGGGAGCUGCUAGGACCGUGUGAAGGAGGGCUUCUUUCCCUGUGGCAGUAUGAUCAUUUGAUCGGAUGUAUGAAUGGAUAUGUGAUCUGUUCUUUACAUAAGCGGACCAAAAGGGAGAGUUUACUGCCCUCGGAACACUAUAUUGCUUUCGAAUUGUUUGUUAUGCAAAAGUUUAUAUAUGAGACUAUGAAACCAUUUUCUCUCCCUCUAACAAAGUGCUGCUGAAAAUGAACAUCUUUGGCCCCUCUCCUAGAAAAUAGUGGUUCCGGCUUUUUGCAAAUCACAUUUUGACACAUGCAAAAUUAACUUAUUAGAAACGCAACAAAAGUUUUAUGUGUGAAAAUGUGAUUGGCAGAUAAGCAGGAAUGUCUAUUUAUAUAGCAGAUAAUGGCCACAAG